AUGGGCUUAUUGAAGAUGUCAGCAUACUUAAAAGAAACACACAUUGCUCAGCUGGCAGUCCAGAGAGCCACCCUUCUGACACAGAAGGUUGCUGUUGAACAUUUGAAAGGUGUCAGUAAAGAAGACCAUUCUCCAGUUACUAUCGGGGAUUUUGGAGCUCAAGCAAUAAUCAUCAACUCGAUCCUCAAGAAUUUCCCGGGCGACGAGGUUGUUGGUGAAGAAGACUCCCAAUUGAUCAAGGAGAAGAACCUCGGUGAGAACAUCCUUUCUCAGGUGCAGUACGUUCAAAAGCAGGACUCUAGCAAUAAUGAUUUUCUGGGUGUCAUUGAGGACAGCGGCACAUUAUGUGAUAUCAUUGACAAGGGACAAUCUAAGGGUGGAUCGAGCGGUCGUAUUUGGGCUCUUGACCCGAUUGACGGCACUAAAGGCUUCUUGAGAGGAGAUCAAUAUGCUGUGUGUCUUGCGUUAAUGGUGGACGGCAUUGUCCAAGUUGGUGUUAUUGGUUGUCCAAACCUUCCACAUGACUUAAACGACAGAACAUCACCCGUUGGAGGACUUUUUACCGCAGUCAGAGGCGCUGGAUCUUAUUUCCAGGACCUGAAGUCCGAUCUAGUGUAUCCCUUCACCAGAAGUAUGAGAAUUCAGGUAAAUAAUUCUCUUCCGGUCGAACAGGCCAAAGUUUUAGAGGGUGUUGAAAAAGGACACUCAUCUCAUCGUUUGCAAUCGUUGAUCAAGCAAGAUUUGCAUAUACAAAGCAAGUCUGUGAACCUUGACUCGCAAGUGAAAUACUGCGCGCUGGCGAAAGGUGACGCCGAAAUUUACUUGAGACUUCCUAAAGACCCCGCGUACCGUGAAAAGAUCUGGGACCAUGCGGCAGGUGCUCUGUUGGUUCAUGAAAGUGGUGGAAAAGUCACUGAUAUUUACGGUUUACCACUAGAAUUUAACCAUGGCAGAACACUGAAUAGUCAGGGGGUCAUAGCUGCUACUACCAACGUUCACGGCCAGAUUAUACAGGCUAUUAAACGAAUCAUUGGUGAAAAGGGAGAGAAGCUAGAAGAAUAUUGUAAAGAGUCACAAUGGUAG